GAGCAUCCUCAUCUGGAGUCCCGUGACGAAAGAGUGCUGGAAAUCUCAGGCACGAGCAGAAGAGGCUCCUCUCACCGAGGUCUCCACAUCCCCGAAAGGCACACUGUCCCCUACGCCAUGCAGAACAUCUAUGGGCCGGCGUGCAUCUUCCUGCGGAAGGGCAUUGCAGAGAAGCACACGGAAAGGGUGCUCUCAGAUGAUGAGAUUGAAGAACUAAGGGAAGCCUUUACUGAGUUUGACAAGGACAAGGAUGGGCUGAUCACCUGCAAGGACCUGGGCAACCUGAUGAGAACCAUGGGCUACAUGCCAACCGAGAUGGAGCUCAUUGAGCUGAGCCAGCAGAUCAACAUGAACUUGGGUGGCAGGGUGGACUUUGAAGAUUUUGUCGAGCUGAUGAGCCCAAAGCUGCUGGCUGAGACGGCCGGGAUGAUUGGCAUGAAGGAGCUGCGAAACGCAUUCAGAGAGUUUGAUGCCAACGGAGAUGGGGAAAUCACAAUUGAAGAGCUUCGCCACGCCAUGAGCAAACUGCUGGGGGAGCAGCUCAACGCCCGUGAAAUCGAGGACGUGGUCAGGGAAGCGGACAACAAUGGAGAUGGCACAGUUGACUUUGAAGAGUUUGUUCGAAUGAUGUCCCGUCAGUGACCUCUCACACCAAUGGAGGAGGAGGACGAUGACAAAGGGGUGUCACAGAGAAGAAGGUCAUCUCCUGAGGAAACACCAAAGAGCCCUGAAAUCAAUCCACAAUGCAGCUUUCCUUUGUUUCCAUGGCACCCUGCCCUGGCAGCACGCUGGCCUGUGUACCCCAAUGGCUCCGGUAAUUUCUCCGUAAACAUUUUCUGAACUGUUUUGAGAGAUGUAGGCUACAAAGCCUUGCAUCGGUUUUAAAAAGUAAACCUCCAGAAUGUAAGGGGUGCUCCCCAGGGUCAAUAAAGAAGCCAGGUUUCACCCA